CACGGGCUUUUUACGCGCGUCGGUGAAUGAGACGCGGCUGGUGUAGGCAGAGGGCGGUCAAAGUGCGCCCCGCGCGCGCCGCUGCGCUCACUCCCUCCCGCACUCUGCGAGUCUCACGCUGCGUCCCGCACGUGUGAUCUGUCGCUCAGGUCCAGGUUCCGGGUCCAGGACUCCCCGCUGCAUGCUCCACGAGCCCUCCGCGCACUUGAUGCCCGCUUUGGUGAUGCCAUGCCCCGGAACCACAGCGGAGACGACGGCGGCACCGGGCUCUGGAUGAGGAGUUCGCCGGGGCACCGAGCCGAGGGCUACGGCUUGAAGGAUGUGGACACCGGGCGGAAGAUGAUGAACAGCGCGGGGGACGGGCUGCUGUCCGCGGCCGGCUCCGACAACCUGCGGGGGAAGCAGGGCGCCCGGCUCAGCCUGCUGGGGAAGCCGCUCAUCUACAGCGCGCAGAGCGGCCGGAGGAACGUGCGCUACCGGCGGCUGCAGAACUACCUGUACAACGUGCUGGAGAGACCCCGAGCCUGGGCCUUCAUUUACCAUGCCUUCGUGUUCAUCCUGGUGUUCAGCUGCCUGGUCCUCUCCGUCUUCUCCACCAUCCCGGCUCAUCAGGACUUCUCCUCCUACUGCCUGCUCAUCCUGGAGUUUGUGAUGAUCGUGGUCUUCGGGCUGGAGUACAUCAUCCGGAUCUGGUCUGCAGGAUGCUGCUGUCGCUACAGAGGCUGGCAGGGCCGCCUGCGCUUCGUCAGGAAGCCCUUCUGCGUGAUAGACAUCAUCGUCCUGAUAGCUUCGGUGGCCGUGGUGUCGGCGGGGAGCCAGGGCAACAUCUUCGCCACCUCGGUGCUUCGCAGCCUGAGGUUCCUGCAGAUCCUCCGCAUGGUGCGGAUGGACCGAAGGGGCGGAACGUGGAAGCUGCUGGGCUCCGUGGUCUACGCACACAGCAAGGAACUGGUGACUGCCUGGUACAUCGGCUUCCUGGUGCUGAUCUUCUCCUCCUUCCUGGUUUACCUCGUGGAAAACAAAUCCAACAAAGACUUUGCGACCUACGCGGACGCCUUGUGGUGGGGAACGAUCACCCUGACAACCAUCGGAUACGGAGACAAGACCCCGAAGACGUGGACGGGACGGAUGCUGUCGGCGGGCUUCGCCCUGCUGGGGAUCUCCUUCUUCGCUUUACCAGCUGGUAUUCUGGGCUCAGGUUUUGCUCUGAAGGUUCAGGAGCAGCACAGACAGAAGCACUUUGAGAAGAGGAGGAACCCAGCAGCCUACCUCAUCCAGUGUGUUUGGCGUAGUUAUGCGGCUGAUGAGAACUCGGUUUCCAUUGCUACCUGGAAGCCUCACUUGAAGGCGUUGCAUACCUGCAGCCCUACAAAGAAGGAGCAGGGAGAAUCCACCACGAGUCAGAAGUUGAGUUUCAAGGAGCGGGUGAGGAUGGCGAGCCCUCGAGGUCAGAGCAUCAAGAACCGCCAGACGUCCUCGGGGAACGAGCGGCGCUCCCCGGUGGCCGAGGCGAGCACUGAAGGCAGCAGCCCGGCCAAGGUGCAGAAGAGCUGGAGCUUCAAUGACCGCACGCGCUUCAGGCCCUCGCUACGCCUCAAGAGCCAGUCCCGGUCCACCACCGACGCUGCAGAAUCCAACAUGGCCGCCGACGAUGCCUUCGAUGAGAAAGGGUGUCACUGCGAGAUCUCCAUGGAGGACUUAUUACCCUCGGUCAAGUCCGUCAUCCGAGCUGUCAGGAUUAUGAAGUUCCAUGUGGCCAAGAAGAAGUUCAAGGAGACUCUGCGCCCGUACGACGUGAAGGACGUGAUCGAGCAGUACUCUGCAGGGCAUCUGGACAUGCUGUGUCGCAUCAAGAGUCUGCAGACCAGGGUGGACCAGAUCCUCGGGAAAGGCCAGAUUCCUCUAGAUAAGAAGAUCCGGGAGAAGCUGCUGUCUGAGGGAGACAUAUUGGAGGAUGUGAGCAUGCUGGGUCGAGUCUGCAAGGUGGAGCGACAGGUCCAGUCCAUCGAAUCCAAGCUUGACUCUCUGCUUGAUGUUUACCGACAAGUUUUGAGGAAAGGUUCGUCCUCAGCGUUGACGCUCUCCUCCCUGCCCUUGUUCGAGCUGGAGCAGACCUCAGACUACCACUCCUCGGUCUUCAGUAAGGACCUCUCCUGCUCCACUCAGGUCAGCAGCAGUGGAGCACCUCCUCCUGGUGGUUACCCCACACGUUCCUCCACCAGCUCCCACCUUUCUCAGGGAGGACUCCGUCUCAUCCUGGCGCCUCCUAAUGAGCUCAACCUCAAUCUCAACACCUCCUCUUCCACGCCUCCCUCCGGCCUCCCGUCCUCCUCUUUCAGCCCUUCACCUCUGCCUCACCACCAUCACCACCACCAUCAUCACCACCACCAUCACCCACGCCAUCUCCCUCAGCCUCAGGCCACCACGCCCGAGAGUGGCACAGACGAGACCGUGGAGAGUCCUCCACCCAUCCUCACCCCUAACAGCGUCAGCAACUCCACGGGCAGAGCAGGGGGAGAUGGAGGCUUUCCUCUUCUUGCCAGGCUCCCACCACCGCCCCCUUCUGGCCGAAACCCCGGUAACUUAGUCCGAACAACUUCCAUGGAAGUGUCCCCAGACAUCGAGAACUUUUGUGGAGGUAGAGGCACUCGGGUGGAGGACAGCAGUGUCAGGGAGGAUCUGGGACUUGGACUGGGCCUGGGAAGAUUAACGGAGCAGCUACAAGACACCACCAAUGGCAAUGGCAGGCUCAAUGCCAGGGAGGACGGAUCCUGGAGGAGACAUAUGAGCCUGGAGCUGGAGCCCUUGGUGCCACCGGGCAUGGGCUGCUGCUCCAGGCCCCCCCAGAUAGACCGAGGACUGGGCAAGUCCAUGUCAGUGCAGGACCUGAUGCAGGCAGCACCAGUGAGCCAGCAUGAGGCCCGCCACAGUCUGUCAUCACCGAGCCCCAGUACAAGCAGCGACUCUCCCAUCGGAUUCCACAGCCGGAGUCAAGACCCCGGGGGUGGAGGAGGCGGUGGGUUGGGUCGGAGUGCUGGUGGCAGUGGGUGGGGGGAGGAGGACCUCUUUAUCAGUGACAGGGACAUUGAGGCGCAGGCGUUUGACUUCUUGUCACAGGGGACUAGCGGGGUCCACCGAUUCUCCCCGGAGAUCCUGCGGACAGAGGGCAGAGCAGGGGCAGGGUCCCGGGGCUCGAACCAUAGUCUUGCCAGCGGCCAUGCGUCCACUCCAGCUACUGGCAGCACUGAAUUGCUAAACAUGCCACAUGUACGGCUAAAAUAGACCCAACCACACAUUGGGACAGCUCACCUCACAAAGACGGUUUUUGUCCUUUUGGAGGGGAGUGGGAGUAUGGGGAUAUGACAUGGGGCUUUUUUUUUUUUGGUUUGUUUCUUUUCAUGUUGAUUCGUUUGACAGGAAUCACAGUAUUUUCACACAGGCUGGCCAUGUAUGGUGUAUCAUUGCAUGACUUUGUUUUAAAUAUGACAGACAAGUCUGAGAUAAAAGAUGAAGGAUUAAAUGAAA